AUGCAUAUCAAUAUUUUGGUAAUGGUGGCGAGUCUUUGCACUGCGGUGCUUGCGAAUUAUCCAUCGGAUGAUAAUAAAGAUGCUGUCGCCGAUUAUCCAUUUGAUCCAAACCAGGCUGGUGUACCAGACGUUGCAUUGGAUGCAAGUCAGGCGGCUGUAGUCUCUGGCAUAGUCUCCAGUCUCUCCGCUCUCUCCACUGCCCUUGAUAUCCCUUCAUCUCUUGCCUCCGAACUUUCCAAAAUUCCCACCUCGGCCUCAACCCUUGGAUACUCUCCAACAGGAGUCUCGCAGCUAGAUGAACAACUUUCCGGUACCAACAAGCCGGACUGGUAUACCUCACUGUCUCCAGACGCAAAGUCCUAUGUCGAUAAUGCUCUGAGCAUACUAGAUAGUGUGUACAGCCUUGAGAGUAUUUUAACCACUGCCACUGCUUGGCAAACUACAACUGUUGGAGUAGUAGGUGGUACGACGGCAACACCGCUUAGUACUUGGGAGUCAACAUGGGCGAGUAGUACAAAGUUUGAUGAUUGGAACUCCUCAUGGACGAGCAGUACCGGGGCUGACAAUUGGGACUCCUCAUGGGCGAGCAGUACCGGAGCUGAUAAUUGGAAAUCAACAUCGCCAAGUAGUACAAGCUCUAAGGCUGGGGAGUCAGUAUUUGGAAGUAGUACUGGCACUAAGGAUAGCACGGCGGCGCAGACGACAGGACCAAUCGAGGUAACCACCUCGAACGCGACUCCGGUUAUGUACAGUUUGAGUCUAGGUUUGACAUUAGCAGUGGCUGUGGGGUUGAUUUGCGCUAUGUAA